GGCUGUUCUCUCCCGCCGGUGGAGAGAGAGGAUCCGUCGCUGCCCUUCCGCCCCUUCUUCCUCUCGGUGGCUUGGUGUCCCAGCUGGGCUGCAAGCCAAGCCCCCGCCCGCCUCGCAGUUGGCCAAGAAGCUGAUCUGGGCUGACUCUAAUCUUGGAGAACACAGUAUCUGCUGAGCCAAGGACUGGGAAUAAAGCUCUCAUACCAUCAGGAAAAGCCUGAAUUCAAGUCCUGCUUUGGCUGCUGACUGAACUUAUUUCCAUGAGGACAACUUACAAGGACGUGAAUGGCCUUAUUUUAGUUGCAUCAGUGAGUGGAGCUAUUCCCUGCUCCUUCUCUCCUCGUGUCUGGUGUGAAAGUGGCCACUGAGCACCAUGAAGGUUGUUCCAGAAAAGAAUGCAGUUCGGAUACUAUGGGGGCGAGAACGGGGCACUCGGGCCUUCGGAGCUCAGCGGCUUCUACAGGAGCUGGUGGAAGACAAAACCCGGUGGAUGAAGUGGGAGGGCAAGAGAGUUGAGCUGCCGGAUAGUCCACGCUCUACCUUUUUACUGGCCUUCAGUCCAGACAGAACUCUCUUGGCCUCCACCCACGUGAACCAUAAUAUCUACAUCACAGAGGUGAAGACUGGCAAAUGUGUUCACUCUCUGAUUGGACACCGUCGCACUCCAUGGUGUGUCACUUUUCAUCCCACCAUCUCAGGCCUUAUUGCUUCUGGCUGCCUAGAUGGGGAGGUUAGGAUUUGGGAUCUGCACGGUGGCAGUGAAAGCUGGUUCACAGAUAGCAACAAUGCCAUUGCCUCUCUGGCUUUCCACCCUACGGCUCAACUCCUGCUGAUUGCCACUGCCAACGAGAUCCAUUUCUGGGAUUGGAGUCGACGGGAACCCUUUGCUGUGGUGAAGACAGCUAGUGAGAUGGAGCGGGUCCGUCUGGUGAGAUUUGAUCCUCUUGGACACUACUUACUCACAGCAAUUGUUAACCCUUCUAAUCAGCAGGGUGAUGACGAACCAGAGAUCCCCAUAGAUGGAACAGAGCUAUCUCACUAUCGUCAGCGUGCCCUCCUGCAAUCACAGCCAGUACGCCGGACGCCUCUCCUUCACAAUUUCCUGCACAUGCUGUCCUCACGCUCCUCUGGCAUCCAGGUGGGAGAGCAAAGCACAGUGCAAGAUUCUUCUACCCCCUCACCCCCACCGCCUCCCCCUCAGCCCUCCACGGAGCGCCCCAGGACUUCCGCUUACAUCAGGCUCCGACAGCGGGUCAGUUACCCCACAGCUGAGUGCUGCCGGCACCUCGGGAUCCUGUGCCUUUGCAGCCGCUGCUCUGGCACUCGAGCUCCUUCCCUCUUGCCACACCAGGACAGUGCCCCCCCUGCUUCUGCCAGGGCUACUACCCCUUCCUUUUCUUUUGUACAGACCGAGCCCUUCCACCCCCCGGAGCAGGCCUCCUCAGCGCAGCAGGACCAGGGACUCCUGAACCGGCCGUCUGCCUUCAGCACGGUCCAGAGCAGCACUGCCGGCAACACGCUCCGCAACCUGAGUCUGGGCCCCACCCGUCGCUCUUUAGGAGGCCCUCUAUCCAGUCACCCGUCUAGGUAUCACCGAGACAUAGCCCCGGGACUGACAGGAUCAGAGUGGACCCGGACAGUGCUCAGUCUCAACUCUCGCUCUGAGGCGGAAUCCAUGCCCCCGCCCAGGACCAGUGCCUCUUCGGUGAGUUUGCUCUCUGUGCUGAGACAGCAGGAAGGUGGUUCUCAAGCAUCUGUGUAUACUUCAGCCACAGAAGGGAGAGGCUUUCCGACUUCAGGAUUGGCGACUGAGUCAGAUGGAGGGAAUGGUUCCAGCCAAAACAACUCUGGCAGCAUCCGCCAUGAGCUUCAGUGUGACCUAAGGCGCUUCUUCUUGGAGUAUGACCGGCUUCAGGAGCUGGACCAGAGCCUGAGUGGGGAAGCCCCCCAGACCCAGCAGGCCCAGGAAAUGCUCAAUAAUAACAUUGAAUCCGAGCGGCCAGGCCCUUCCCACCAGCCCACCCCACACAGCAGUGAGAACAACUCCAACCUGUCCCGGGGCCACCUGAACCGAUGCCGUGCUUGCCACAAUCUCCUGACCUUCAACAACGACACCCUGCGCUGGGAAAGAACCACAUCUAACUACUCCUCUGGCGAGGCCAGCUCGUCCUGGCAGGUGCCCAGUACCUUUGAGGGCAUGCCAUCGAGUGGCAGCCAGUUGCCACCUCUAGAGCGGACUGAGGGUCAAACGCCCAGCUCCAGCAGGCUGGAGUUGAGCAGUUCUGCAAGUCCGCAGGAGGAGAGAACUGUGGGGUUGGCCUUCAACCAGGAAACAGGCCACUGGGAAAGAAUUUACACCCAGUCCAGCAGAUCAGGAACUGUAUCACAGGAGGCCUUACAUCAGGAUAUGCCUGAGGAAAGCUCUGAGGAAGAUUCCCUGCGGAGGAGGCUGCUGGAGUCUUCCCUCAUUUCAUUAUCCCGUUAUGAUGGAGCAGGAUCCAGAGAGCACCCAAUAUACCCAGACCCAGCGAGAUUGUCUCCUGCUGCAUACUACGCCCAGAGGAUGAUCCAGUAUCUCUCCCGAAGAGACAGCAUUCGCCAGCGUUCCAUGCGCUACCAACAGAACCGGCUUCGCUCUUCCACCUCCUCCUCUUCCUCCGACAACCAGGGCCCUUCAGUAGAGGGAACCGACUUGGAAUUUGAAGACUUUGAGGACAAUGGUGACAGAUCCAGACACCGAGCUCCACGCAAUGCCCGGAUGUCUGCACCUUCUCUUGGACGCUUUGUCCCAAGGCGUUUCUUGCUGCCCGAAUACUUGCCUUAUGCUGGGAUUUUCCAUGAGCGUGGACAGCCUGGCCUGGCUACUCACUCUUCUGUUAACAGGGUCCUGGCAGGGGCGGUGAUUGGUGAUGGACAGUCCGCCGUGGCCAGUAACAUUGCCAACACUACCUAUCGGCUCCAGUGGUGGGACUUCACUAAGUUUGACCUCCCCGAAAUCAGCAAUGCCUCCGUGAAUGUGCUGGUGCAGAACUGCAAGAUCUACAAUGACGCCAGCUGUGACAUUUCUGCAGAUGGCCAGCUCCUGGCAGCUUUCAUCCCAAGCAGCCAAAGGGGCUUCCCCGAUGAAGGCAUCCUGGCAGUGUACUCGCUGGCUCCCCACAACCUGGGUGAAAUGCUCUACACCAAGCGAUUUGGUCCCAAUGCCAUUUCAGUGAGCCUGUCCCCAAUGGGCAGAUAUGUGAUGGUGGGCUUGGCAUCACGGAGGAUCCUGCUGCACCCAUCCACAGAGCACAUGGUGGCCCAGGUCUUCAGGCUGCAACAGGCCCAUGGUGGCGAGACCUCCAUGAGGAGAGUUUUCAACGUGCUUUACCCCAUGCCUGCUGACCAACGGAGACACGUCAGCAUCAACUCUGCCCGCUGGCUGCCAGAGCCAGGACUUGGCCUGGCCUAUGGCACCAACAAAGGAGACCUGGUGAUCUGCCGCCCAGAGUGGGGGCCAGAGCCUUGGGGAGGUAACGUGCACUCUGCCAGAGCUUUGAAUUCUGGUGUGGAGUACUACUGGGACCAGCUCAAUGAGACAGUCUUCACCGUUCACUCCAGCAGCAGGAGCAGUGACCGGCCUGGAGCCAGCAGAGCCACAUGGAGGACGGACAGAGACAUGGGGCUGAUGAAUGCCAUUGGCCUGCAACCCCGGAACCCCACCACCUCGGUGACAUCUCAGGGCACCCAGACUCUGGCCCUUCAGCUGCAGAACGCAGAGACACAGACAGAAAGGGAGAUACAGGAGCCGGGGACAGCAACUUCGGGUCCUGGUGAAGGUGAGGGCUCCGAAUAUGGUGCGAGUGGGGAGGAUGCCCUGAGCAGGAUCCAGCGGCUGAUGGCAGAGGGGGGCAUGACGGCCGUGGUACAGCGGGAGCAGAGCACCACCAUGGCCUCCAUGGGCGGCUUUGGCAACAACAUCAUCGUCAGCCACCGCAUUCACCGCAGCUCCCAGACGGGCACCGAGCCCGCCACCACCCGGGCUGCCUCGCCCCAGCCCUCCACCUCCCGGGUACUGCUGCCCGAGCCCACACAGCUGGCAGAGCGUGGCCUGAGCCCCCGGACAACCUCCUGGGACCAGCCGGGUACCCCUGGGCGUGAGCCCUCCUCCUCUGCCCGAACCCCCGGACCCCUUGCUAGCACCGAGGGACCAACCCUGCACUGCGACCUGAGCAGUAACAGCCACCUCCCCGACGGCGGGGGCAGCAGUAGGGGGGACGCUGCAGGCCCCAGCGGGGAGCCACGGAACAGGUAGAGACAGACUGUGCACUGGUGCCUCCCCUUGAACCGCUGUGCAGAAACCAGACCUCACUGCUGACUGGGAACAGCACAUGAAAGAGCUUCGAGUGCAUCAGCGAACAGGACAGAGGGAGGGGGGUCGGGAGGGAGUCAGUCGGCGGAUGUGAGGCAGGCAGGGGGGUAUGACCUGCCUCGAGGGGGCCUAGAACCUUCCAGGAUCCGGUGUCCAGGGGAGCCGCACUGCUGUGCUCAGAGCAAAUGGGUCUCCCCGCUCAGAACCCCCUCCCCCUUUCUCCUAGAAGCAUGGCUCCAGGGACUCAACCCUGAGCAGAGCACCCCAGAAGGGUGGGCAGUCUUCCAGACCUGGGCCUGGCCUUCCUGGCCAUUGGCGGGUGGGCAGCUGUGCCCAGUGUGCCUGUUGCUUGGACAGAGCCACUAGGAGGCCAGGAUCUGGAGGAACGGCCUCCCUCUGAAGAACCCAGUCCCUCUCAGCCUUCCAGAGCUUCAGUCCCCCUUCAUCCCUGCCCCCGCCCCACCUCAGGCCUAGCUCCUGAGUUCCUGAGGACAGGACUCCUGCACUUACUACUGGGGGGACCAUGGAGUGAUGGGGGCAGCCUGCUUGAUGCCAGUAACAGGUGGGCAGGUUCUUGUUCAGGAGUCUGGGGGGAGGUUGGCUGGGCAGCCCCCAGGGCUCAUCCACCAGGCUCCUCUCCCCUCAUCCCCUCCAGGCCCUCAGAGCAGCACCUGCGGGUGCCAGUAUUGUCUGAGCCCAGGCCAUGGCCAGCCCAAGGCUGGGGGAGGGGGAGAGACUCCAGGUCAUAAUGUGAGGUCUCGGUCUGUGAUUUAAGGUGUUGCAUGUGGAAUCUUGAUCUGUACGUGUAGUUUCUAGUGGAGAAAUCAAGGCUCUGAUGAUUUUAUUUUUAGUAUGAAAAUGUGAUUUCUUUUCUGUUUGUAACUCAUCAUAGAAACAUUGUGGUGGGAGGAGAGGGGACAGUCUGACUGCUGAUGAGGGAAACACCAAAGAACUAUAUCAUUAAAAUGAUGACAUGCCCCUCA